AUGGUGGAUCAUGAUACAAGGUGUACUGAAACCACCCCACACCACCACCAUCCUUCCCGCUUCAGCUCCACCUCCACCUCCACCCAGCCCUCCUUCUCCUCCACCCUGCUUGAUGCGAUUUAUCGCUCCAUUGACAGGGGAGAUCAAGAAGAUAUGGGAUUUUGCAAGGAGCCCACGAGGAAGAUUCGGCGUGAUGUUAACGUGCGCGCUGUGUUCGCAAGUGAGGAGGAAAUGGCGACCUUCCAGCGGGCUUGCAUGGUCGACAAAUGGAUGGAGAAGAAGGUAACUGAAAAAGUCGCCGUUGGGAGAAAAUCCGCCGCUGAUGUGCAGGUGAAGAAAUCGCGGAGAGAUCGGGAGAAUUUGAGCUCCAGCUCUUCGGAUUCCAGCCCUGGCGGUUUCUUCUCCUCCUCGGAGGCGGAAUCGUUGCCGAUUCAGAGGCCGAAGCCGGUUCGCACUGGAGGGUCUGGGUUUGAAAAGGAGAAGCACGGGGAAAACCGUCGCGAUUCCGAAGCUAAUGGACGAGGUUUUGGCGAUCAAUUAGAGGAGAAGGAGAAGCGUGAAGGCGGAUUCCUGAAGACAAAAUCGCGGGCGCUGAAAAUCUACGGCGAUUUGAAGAGAGUAAAGCAGCCGAUUUCUCCCGGCGGCAAGCUGGCCGGAUUUCUAAACUCUCUUUUCACGGCCGGGAACUUGAAGAAACCCAAAGUCCCCGCCGGUGGAGGCGAUGAUUCUCCGUCGACGCGGAAAUCGACCAACGCAUCGACGUGUUCAUCGGCUUCCUCGUUCUCCAGAUCGUGCCUCAGCAAAGCGCCGUCGUGCAGGGGAAAAUCCUCCGGCGGCGCGAAGAGGUCGGUGAGGUUCUUCCCGGUGAGCGUAAUCGUCGACGAAGACUGCCAGCCAUGUGGGCACAAAUACUUACACCAAGAAAACGAAAACAACAACAUUCAUAGCAUCAAAACCGCCAUUAACGAAGACCUUAUGCGCCAUAUACUGGAGAAAAAUCGUCGAGCGGAGGAAGCUGCCAGAGAUUUUCUGAUGAAUUAUCAGAACAAACGUGAAUUUGAACUCCCAUUUGAUCAUUUGAGGAAAUCCCACGUCGAAAAUCAAGGGUUUGAUCAGGAUUUCGAUGAAGAAGACGAUGAUUUCGAUGCAGCAAGCGACGCAAGUUCAGAUUUGUUUGAGUUGGAUAAUCUUUCUGCCAUUGGAAUGGAAAGGUAUAGAGAAGAAUUACCGGUGUAUGAAACUACCUACCUUGAUACUAAUCGAGCCAUUGCUAGUCGUUUGAUUUUGUAA